UAUACCCUCCUGGCUUCCCUGUGCCCUUCCCACUAAACCGUAGUCCUAAUCUCUCUCUCUCUCUAGUCGGUUGCUCUCUGAGGCUGAGAUGGCGGUCGCCGGUGCUCGUUUCUCGCUCCUCGCGGUGGCGCUGGCGUUGCUUGCUGUGAGCUCCUCCGCCCAGGCCCCUGGCGCCGCCCCCAUGGCCCCUCCAACUCCGGCCCCCGUCCCGUCGCCUCCCCCCGUGUUCCCCGCCCCCGCCCCCGCUCCCACCCCCGCGGCUCCGACUCCCAGUGCUCCCGCCCCCUCCUCCACGGCCCCCACCCCGGCCCCCAUGUCCUCUCCCGCCCCCACCCCCUCCCCCACCGCCCCCGUUCCAUCUCCCACGGCCCCAACCCCGUCGUCCACCUCCCCUCCCGCCCCCAGCCCCAUGUCUCCGAUCAGCCAACCUCCCACCACGCCCGCCGACGGCGGCAGCUUCGCCACCGGUCUCCGCGCCUCCUGGAUCUCCGUCGCUGUGGCCGCCGCCGCCGCCGCCGUCUACGCCUUCUAGAUCGAUCUCUCGUUGCGGCGGAUGCUCGAUCGGAUGAUCGGACGGUGGUCAUCGUCGCUGGAUCUGUUCUCUCUUAUUUUUCUGACCCGAUCCGUUGUUGUUUUAUCAUCCCAUCAUUAUUCUUGUCAUUACCUUUUUAUUUAUUUCUCCCCUUUCUUAGUUUUUCCCUUUUUUUAAUUUUGUGGGUUUUUCUUUUCGCUGUGGUUGUAGGCAUGACCGAGUGCGUCUGAGUAGUGGUGGUGGUGGUGGUGGUUAUCAUUGUUGUUAUAUCAUUAUUAUUUUAGUGAUUCUUUUUCCUCAUUAUUCCAAA